AUGGUAUUUAAGCAGUUAGGUUUACUGUUUCAUUGUUCUCUGGCCAUUUUCUCCUGCACCGGCAACUUCAAGCUUUUUGACCUCUUGACCUUGAAGAUGGAGUACGACUACAGAGAGUGCCAGUUUAUGUUCGACGCAGUGCAUGACGCAGAAGGAGAAGAUGGACGUUAUCCGGACAGGACAGAAGAAGUGGAACUUAAAAUGGAGUUUAGUGAGAGUAAUGCUAGUUGUAUCGAGCAAAGAGGAAACAUAUUACUCGAAACGUUGGUCCACAAUGAGAAAGAAGCUUAUGAAGUAUAUUGUGCUUACACUCAUCAUAUCGGAUUCAGUGUUCGUAAGGAUCACGCUACGUUUUGGACUAACACCAGAAAUAUCAAGUCGAAGGACUUCGUAUGUGGAAAAACAGGUUUCAAGAAAGAGUUGAAGAUUACAGAAACUGUUAAAUAUAGAAGAGCAGAAACAAGAAUAGGUUGUCCUGCAAUGAUUCGAUACAAAGUUGUUGAGGAAGACAAUUGGACAGUUAAAAAAUUAAUUGAAUCGCAUAACAACUCACUAGCGAACCCCGGUGACAAGCACUUGUUGCGUUCCAGCAGAAAGAUAAGUGAAGUAAAUGCAAAUGUGCUUAGAUCCAUGACACAAUCUGGGAUUAGACCAAAAGACGCUUUUAACUUCCUAGCCCAAGAAGUUGGGGGUGUAGAGAACCUGGAAUGCAUAAAGACAGAUGCUUUCAAUUUCAUUCAGAGGGAGAGGAGAUGUAGAAUUGAAAAUGGUGAUGCGAAUGCUUUAUUGCAGUUGUUUGCAGAGAGACGUGAUGAGGAUAGCAUGUUUGAAUGGGAUUUUGAAACUCAUGUGAGCGGCAAGCUGAUGAGUUUUUGUUGGAGCGACGGGACAUCCAGGCUUCAUUAUGACUGCUUUGGAGAUGUGAUUAUAUUUGAUACGAGCUAUAUGUUAAAUAAAUAUAACAUAUGUUGUGCUCCUAUUGUUGGUGUUAACCACAAUUGGCAUAAUGUUUUAUUUGGAGUCGGAUUCUUGUCGGAGGAGACGACAGACUCGUUCAAAUGGCUUUUUAAAACCUUCAUCCGCAUCAUGGGUGAUAAUCAUCUAAUAACAAUCUACACUAAUCAGGAUCAGGCUAUGGCUAGAGCAAUAGCAGAAAUUUUGCCAAAUACACGACAUAGAUUAUGUCAGUGGCACAUAUAA